CCAGGAUUUGGAUUUAUGUUGUGGUGUAAUUGCGUGUUCAUUGAACAAAAUUUACAAUAGCAAAUAAUUGUUUUGUGUUAAUAAUGUCGAGUCAAUACCAAAAGGAUCUCAUUCAGCAGUAUAAAACAACAUGCAACAAAUUGAAGAAAAUUCAGCGAGUGUUUUUCAAACAAUUUGCCCCAAAUGUAUCGGAAGUGGCUGACGAGUUCGCGUUGCUCGCGGUCAAUUUCAACUGUUUCCUGCCCGAGUAUGCUGCCCUGUGCUACAUGGGCCAGGGCAAGUGCGAGAAAAUGAUCGGAAAUGAACCGGGCGAGGUCGAUGCUUUGCUAAAGGCUGCCCGUGCCUUCCGGAAGGCCAACGAAAAGCAGAUCAAAAUCAACCCGGAGAAUGCUUCCGGCGAUCACCUGGAGGGAGCCUUCCGCUGCUACACCCAAGCGCUGUCCCGAUUGCCGGACGACUCCGUAACCAAAGCCGCGAUCAUUCGCGAGUUGAAGGAAAUCAGCCCAAACGUGGAAAUCACGAGCAACUUUAGCUCACCAAGCCACCGGAUUUGGGAUCUGGAACAGUCCGCGGAGGAAAGCAUCAAAAUUCACGACUACGUGGCAGCGUUCGAGAAGCUCACGGAAAUCUACGACGACGUAACGGAGCGUCGCUGCGAAGCGAUGUACCCCCAGGUGAUGCAGCGGGUCGAGGUGACCCGGUUGCUGCUGCUGUGUCUGCUGCAACUGCCGCCGUCGGUUCGCUAUGACCACAAGUUUAUCGAGCGCUACUCGGCCAUUGGAGACGGACAGCAGACGGGAGCCAGCGUGCUUAGCGAGGAGUUGUUCUUUCUACUGCAGUCGUUGGUUGUGUCCUGCCAGGCUAAGGACAUUGAAUCGUUGAUUGCUGUACGGGAUGAGCUGAGCCACUGCAAGCAGCUCACUGGAUCGCAGCAGCGGCUGCUCGGGGAGCUGGUCGGGAAAUAUUCCAAAUGAUAUUAAAUUGUAAUCGUUUUCUUAUUCAAACUGUAUAAUGUUUAGAUUUUUUUUGUCAAUCUAAUAAAAUAAUAUUAAUUAAUAUUUAUGAAUAAAUAAACGCCAUAAAUUUUAAAAAUGUACCUAUAGGUACAUAGCUGAAAAUAUGUUUAAAACUUAAAUAAAAUGUUCUGUAAAAAGCUUCACCAU